AUGAAUGAUGCAUUAGAUCUUCGAGAUAGCGGAUUAAACAAAAUGCAUGCAAGUGAUUAUUCUGGAGCUAUAGAAGAUUUUACGAAAGCAAUCGGCACAGAUGAUCCAGAAACAGAUGAAGAAGCAGUUUUAAAAUCAAUUUGCUUAUUACAUCGUUCAACAUGCAAUCUAAUGCUAAACAAAGUAGGAGAUGCAUUUGAAGAUGCUUCUUAUGCAGUUUAUAUGUUUAAAAUUCGUCGUCCAAAAUUUAAAUUAUCUGACCAAUUCGAAUCAUCAGAUCCACUCAUUACAACAUAUCUGCUUGCCGAAAAGACAAAAGCAGAAAUCUAUCAAUUAAUUAGAGAUCUUAAAUCUUCAAUCCAAUCUUAUACAAUUUACGGAAUCUUAUCAAAAUCAGAUCCUACCAGCCUUAUGGAUGGGGUAUAUGCCAAACUUGGAUUCCCGAAAAUAGAAGGAAAUGAUCCAGAACUUGAAAUUUUUACAAAAAUUUAUUCUUCAUUAUCAACAGAGAAACAAAUUUUAUUAGUACUAAGCGAUAUAAUUACAGUAUUUCAGGAAGAAGUAUCACCUUCUUUUAUCGAAAAGGUUCGUUCUCAAGGCUGCUACGUCUUUUUAUUCGGAAUUACAUAUUUAUUCAUAGAUUGUCCAGUAGUUUUGCAGGCUUGCUUAUGUAUAUUAAGAAACAUGGCAGAACUCGGAAUUUCAGAGAUUUUUGAUGGACUUAUAGUUUUAAGAAAUAUUAUCGAGCAUUAUCAAACAAAUAAUGAAAUGAUGGGUGCACUUUUGCUCCUCCUUAAGUUAGCACCCGAUUCUGCUGUCCAACAGUUCGAAAUUGAAGAUUUUGUCCGACCAAUAAUGAAAAUGUUGACAUUAAAGCUAACUCCUGAAGAAUACGAUGCAGCAUUUUAUCUGCUAUUCAGAUCAAUUAAAAUACCAUAUAAUUACAAAGCUGCAAGCGAAUUAAAAUUAAUUGAUGCAAUAAUUGCAAUUGCAACCAAGUCUUCGAUUGUAUUAUUAUCAAAACUAUUAUGUAAUGAUGAAUUAUGUGUAGAAUCCCAGAUAAAAGGCGCAAUUCCAUUUUGUAUUGCAGUUAUUAAAAAAGUUAGUGAUGUUUCAUUGAUUACAACAUCAUUAAUCUGCAUAGCAAAGAUCCUAUUACUUGAUAUUCCUGAUAACAAGAGGUUUUACGCUCAAAUUAUCACUUCAAUUAUUCCGAUCGUUGUAAAAAACUCAAAACCACCAGGAAUUGUAUCAAACGCAUUCGCAUGCUUAACAAUAUGCGUUGACGGUGCUUCUGAUGCUAUUAAAGAGUCCAAAGCUGUUAGAGCAGCAUCAGUAAUUUUGAGUUUAUAUUCACAUGACAUAGAAAUUGCGAAAAACAUUGUUUCCUUCUUUUACGCGGCAUCUCUUUGCGGAUUGGCUGAUGAGAUAAAUGCUAAUCCUGCAGCAUUGAACACUAUUUUGUCUGUUGUUACAGAGUUCAUUGCAGAAAAAGAUGUCGCAGUUAAAGGAAUCGCAACUGCAAUUUAUUGCAAUCAUCCAAUGAAGAUAAAAUUGGCAACAAUUGGUUUGAAGACGUAUAAGGAUUCUCCUGUAUUGAUAUCUGCUGUAGCCUCUAUUCAAGAUGAACUUAGAAGUUCUUUGAAAUGA